AAAAGAAAAGAAAAGAAAAGAAAACGAUUUUGCUAUCAAAAGUUUUAGGUCGAUGCCUGGAGGAAAACAUUUCCCCCCAUUCCAGAAAGCAAAGGAAUCUCCUUGCCUACAGAAAAAUAGACACAACACAUUUAUUUUUCCCUUGUGACUCAGGAGCCAAGAAUGACGAUGAAGCGACAAUUUUUGAUAACCUUUUUCCUGGCUUUCGUCUUGCAAAACGGGACGUGCAACGGAAUCAAAUGGUUAGCCCUGUUCAAGACUCCGUCGGCUUUGGCCUUGAACCAGACCCAGCACUGUAAGCAGCUGGAAGGGCUGGUCGUAUCUCAAGUGCAGCUGUGCCGCAGCAACCUGGAACUGAUGCAGACCAUUAUUCAGGCUGCCCGGGAGGUGAUCAAGACCUGCCACAAAGCCUUCGCCGACAUGCGGUGGAAUUGCUCCUCCAUCGAGCGCGCUCCUCAGUACUUGCUUGACUUGGAGAGAGGUACCAGGGAGUCAGCUUUUGUGUACGCUCUCUCCGCCGCAGCCAUCAGCCACACCAUUGCAAGAGCCUGCACCACCGGGGACCUCCCUGGCUGCUCCUGUGGUCCCAUCCCAGAUGCUCCUAUGAAGAUGAAAAAAUCAGGAUCACAAGCCAAUAAGCUGAUGCACCUGCACAACAGUGAAGUAGGGAGACAGUCCCUGAAAGCAUCUUUGGAAAUGAAAUGCAAAUGCCACGGAGUCUCCGGUUCCUGCUCGAUCAAGACGUGCUGGAAGGGGCUUCAGGAGCUGACAGACAUUGCCCUGGACCUAAAAAACAAAUACCUUUCAGCGACCAAGGUUGUCCAUCGGCCCAUGGGCACCCGCAAACAUCUGGUCCCCAAGGAACUUGACAUCCGUCCAGUGAAGGAGACCGAAUUGGUUUAUCUGCAGAGUUCCCCUGAUUUCUGCAUGAAGAACGAGAAGGUGGGCUCCUACGGGACCCAGGACAGCGCUGUUCUGGAAAAGCGCUACACCUAUGUUCAAAAGGAGAUCAACGCAUUCCAGAAGAGCGCUCAACCUGGGUUUGAAAGCAGCCUGAAAACAACCGAGAGGCGAAAAGAGAGCUGG